CAAAAAUGGACCUAAAAAAACCCGAUCCAAGUCAACACUCUCUCGCUGUUUCGGUCUUUUCUCUUCCAUGACCAGAGAGCAUAUUCUAAAACCCUAACUACACCCCCAUACAAACCCCUCGCUCUCUCUUUCUCUAAUUCGCAAUCAUGUACGGAGGAGAUGAAGUAUCAGCUAUAGUAAUUGACCUUGGUUCUCAUACUUGCAAAGCUGGCUACGCUGGUGAAGAUGCACCAAAAGCCGUUUUCCCCUCCGUUGUUGGAUCAAUUGAUCAAAUGGAAUUGGAUGAUACUACCAAUAAUGAGAAGAACCCUUCAGCAGAUUCUAAGAACAAUAAUGGCAAAGAUUCUGAAAAAGGGAAGGGAAAACGUAAAUUAUAUGUAGGAUCUCAAGCUGUAGGGUUUCGCCGGGACCAUAUGGAGGUCCUGUCACCCAUAAAGGAUGGAGUUGUUGUUGACUGGGAUAUUGUCGAUAAUAUCUGGGACCAUGCUUUCAGGGAAUGUCUAUUGAUUGAUCCUAAAGAGCAUCCAAUGCUGCUUGCAGAACCUUCAUUCAACAGUCAACAGCAGAGAGAAAGGACUGCAGAGCUUAUGUUUGAAAAAUACAAUGUUCCAGCAUUAUUUUUGGCCAAAAAUGCUGUUCUCACAUCUUUUGCCUCAGGACGUCCUACAUCACUAGUUGUUGAUAGUGGUGGAGGAUCAACUACAGUUGCUCCAGUGCACGAUGGUUAUGUUCUUCAAAAGGCAGUGGCUUCUUCUCCUAUAGGAGGAGAAUUUCUCACUGAUUGCUUAUUGAAAAGCUUGGAGAGCAAGGGUAUCACAAUAAAACCUAGGUACUCUUUCAGGAGAAAGGAAAACCGGCCAGGCGAAUUUCAGACAGUGGAUGUUGAUUUCCCAAAUACAACUGAAAGCUACAAACUCUAUUCCCAGAGGAUAAUUGCAAGUGAUAUCAAGGAAUGCGUGUGUCGAGCCCCAGAUACAGCCUAUGAUGAAAAAGCGUACUCAAAUAUUCCAAUGACUCCAUAUGAGCUUCCUGAUGGCCAGACAAUUGAAAUUGGAGCUGAUAGAUUCAAGAUUCCAGAUAUUCUAUUCAAUCCACCUCUGGCUCAGACAAUUCCUGGUAUGGAGAAUUCUCCAGAGAUAGCUCCUAAUGUUCGAGGUUUGCCGCAAAUGGUCAUAGAGAGCAUUAAUAAGUGUGAUGUGGAUAUACGGAGAGAACUAUUUAGUAGUAUCUUGCUUGCUGGUGGCACAGCAUCAAUGCAACAGUUAAAGGAACGUCUGGAAAAAGAUUUGCUUGAGGAGUCUCCUCAAGCUGCUAGAGUUAAAGUGCUAGCAAGUGGAAAUGCAACAGAAAGGAGAUUCAGUGUAUGGAUAGGUGGGAGUAUAUUGGCAUCUCUUGGUUCAUUCCAGCAGAUGUGGUUCUCAAAGUCUGAGUAUGAAGAGCACGGGGCUUCUUAUGUACAGAGAAAAUGCCCUUGAUUACCUUCUUUGUGAAGCAAAGUGAGGGAUGCGAGUGUGUACCUGCACAUAAUGGUGGAUAAGCUAUGGUUUGGGAAAAGCGGUUGAAAGAAAUUGCGAUUUUCAAGCUCCCAUUUUGUCAUCUUAGGUUUGAAAGUAAUAUUGUGCCAUAACACUGACCUUAUAGGACAAAGAUUUAUUAUAGCUUCUAAUCCAAUUUAUGGUAUGUGGACUCAGCACAAAGCUGUAACUAUACAUUGUAUGCCUAACUUAGAUUACAUGUUAUCCGGUUCUCUGGGGAACUUUUUAACAUCAGUUGUGAAGCCGUUGGAUUGGGUAUUUAACAUAUAGACGUAGGAAACUUGGGGCACUUUUAGACAUUGCAAAAGGUAAUUUAUGUUCAUUAUUAGCAGUCUUCUGUUAAGAUGGGAUAUGACUGUCUUCCAAUCUCUGCCUUCGGCUAUAAUUGUAGCUAUAUUGGAAACAGGGUUAUGCUAAUGAACACUCUGCUCUACUGGCAAUCACAAAAGGAGUUUGAAUCUUCUUGUUUCUGUUAA